GGAGUUGAUAGGUAACACUUGGAAGAACAAUCUUCCUUGGUGCCUACAGUUUAUGCAAUCCUAGUUACGAGCGGAGCUGAAAUUCGAGGAGUGGAGCGAUCCCAAAUAGGCCCGAAGUGUUCCUCCGGUUAACAACCUGCUUGGCUCUACCACUAGUAUUUGUAUCAGAUGGAUAUUACAGAUAGUGCUGUUUGGUUCUCCAUAGGUAUUGUUCUCAUCACUACAAUAAUCACCAGGGUUACUAGAGGAAGAAGUAGGUUUGAACCAGCAUGCAGUACCCCACCUCCCCCUGUGGUCAGUUGUGGUUCGUUCGUUGGACUUCUGCAUACACUUUAUACCAAGGGUCUUCGAGUGAUGAUCCUUGAUCAAUAUACAAAAUUGGGGAGUGUGUUCACAAUAAGUUUCUUCGGAAAAAAUGUAACUCUCUUGGUCGGUCCAGAGGUAGCAGAACAUUUUUACCAAGGUCUAGAGUCAGAGGUCGGUCUUAACAUGUUUGGCUUCACUGUGCCCAUGAUUGGAAAAGAUGUUGGCUAUGCUGUUGAUGCUGCCACCCGAUGUGAGCAGAGUCGCUUCCAAACUGAUGCCCUAAGACCAUCAAAGUUGAGGAGCCAUGUCGGCCCAAUGCUUCAAGAAGUGGAGGAGUACUUUGCAAAAUGGGGACAGCAAGGAACGGUUGAUCUACGAAAAGAGCUUGAGCAGGUACUCAUGCUGAUAUCAGGACGAUGCCUUCUUGGGAAGGAAGUUCGGGAUAAUAUGUCCGGCGAGUUCUUCACCUUGUUUAAUGAAAUGAUCGAUAACGGCACUAACAUUAGCAAUGCGAUAUUCCCGUUUGCCCCAACUCUAACGAACCGAAGGCGUGAUAGAGCACGCGCCAAGAUAUCGGAAAUGUUAACCAAGAUUGUGAGAUCACGCAGGAGCUCAAACCAAGCCAAAGACGAUGUGCUGCAGUACCUGAUAGAUUCCAGAUACAGAGAUGGCCGCCCCACAACUGAGUCGGAGGUCACAGGCAUGAUCAUUGGCUUGAUCCUCGCUGGGAAGCAGACGAGCUCUGCCACCAGUACAUGGACAGGAGCUCGAGUUCUAAGCCACUCCACAUGCCUGGCAGCUGUCUUGGAGGAGCAAAAGCAGAUCUUCAAAAAAUAUGGGGACAAGUUUGAUUACAACAUCUUGCUGGAGAUGGAUACCCUACACCGCUGCAUCAAGGAAGUGUUAAGGAUGCACCCCCCAACUCCAUCACUGUUUCGGAAGGUACACAAGAGCUUCGUUGUGCGUACUAAAGAAGGCGCCGAGUAUGAGAUCCCCAAAGGGCAUAUAAUAGCAAGCCCUAUGCUGUUCAACAAUAACAUGCCUAACAUUUUCAAGGAUCCUGAUGUGUACGACCCGGCACGGUUUGGUCCUGGAAGAGAAGAGGAUAAAGUUGGAGGCAAGUUCUCUUUCACGGUGUUUGGUGGUGGAAGGCAUUCUUGCUUGGGCGAGGCUUAUGCUUAUAUGCAAAUCAAGGUGAUAUGGAGCCAUUUGUUAAGGAACUUUGAGCUUAAACUGGUUUCUCCGUUCCCCGAGAUGGAUUGGAGCAAAAUAAUGCCAGUGCCUAAAGGGAAAGUAAUGGUGACCUACAAGAGACGAUCAUUGGCUAGUACCUAAAGAACAGGCAAACACAAACUGAUGGCGUGUACAUGUUGCUAACUAUGUGCAAUCCAUAUGUAUAUAUACUAAUAAUGUUUGUACGUGUGUACUAUUUGUGUAAAUUGCAUUGUAAUAUGCUUGCAGCCCCACAUGUUUGCUGGGUAGAUAUUA